UUAUUAUCGACGUUUGUUGUUGUUACUUGCGGCGUUCACCGGGAACGAAAAUUAUUGGAUUUCUCUAUCGUUGUAUUUCUACUCUUUAAUUUUUAACAAUCGGAAAUCUCUUCAAAAUGAUGGCCUUGGGUCCAAAAAAGGACGGUAGUCCGAACGUUAAAUUUUUUGAAUCGGCCGAAACUUUAAACUUGUUAGAAGGCGUUAAGACGUGGCUAAUGAAAAACCAUAAAAAGUAUUUACAGACGGACCCUCCAACCAACAAAUCGCUUGCUGCUUUGAUACUACAGUUAAUUCAAUUCCAAGAAGAUAAUCUUGGAAAAAAUGUUAGCAAGCCCCCACUAACUCGCCUACCGAUGCGUUGUUUUUUGGAUUUCAAACCAGGCGGUGCACUUUGCCAUUUGCUAGCUACUGUAUACAAAUUUAAAGUGGAUCAGGGUUGGCGAAGAUUCGAUUUCCAGGUCAGUAAGAGCCCUUCUAGAAUGGAUAGGAGCAUCGAAAUGUUCAUGAAUGUAGAAAAGGCUUUAAUAAGUGCCAAAUGUCUUACAUUGCCAAUUAUUUACAUUCAAUCAGAAGUAGAGAAAAAAGAGAAAUUAAAGGAAAUCAUUAAACGACAUCAAGGAACUCUGACUGAAAAUGAACAAGAAGCUACACACAUACUCCACCCAAAUGUCGAUCCAAUUGACGAAGAAUAUGCACGUCCAGUUUAUAAAAACAAAGAGCGUUGGUCACUGCUUCACUGGUAUUAUUUUCCUGAUUCUUACGAUUCUUGGGUAAACGUAGACCUUCCAGUUGACCCUCCUGAAACAUUAUAUAGCAACCAACACACCACACCGUGGAGAGUUACUGCAUCUUGGGUUUUAGAUUUAGAUGUACACAAUGAAUGGAUGAACGAAGAAGAUUACGAAGUUGAUGAAACCGGAAAGAAAACGGCACAUAAAUUGCGCCUUUCUGUUGAAGAUUUAAUGAGUAAUGAUAUAUCGAGUGGUAAGAAGAAACCAAAAAGAAAACGUACACCAUCACCACCUUCUAAACCUAAUAAGCGUAAAAGUGGAAGAGGAAACUCUGUUAUGACUUUAAAAAAAAAUAAAGUAGAUGAUGAUAGUGAUGAUCUUACUAGAGACCUUGAAGAUCCAAUACCAGAGCCUAACAUAACUGAAAUCAGUGUAAAUUUAAAUCAAUCAAAAACUGGAUCUUCUUCAUCCAAGAAAGAUAGCGAUUCUCAACCAAUCAGAAGUGGUACUUUAAUGGAUUUAGAUGAAGAUUUAGAUAAAGGUGAAGACAGUAAAACAUAUGAUGGAAACGCUCAAGAUGGAACUAAUUGUCCGGUUUCUGGAGUAUCUAGUACUGGAGGAGCUUUAUCUACUAUCAAAGAAGAAGGACCUGAAGAUAAUGCUACUGAACAAAUGCAUCACAUUGUAAUACCAAGUUACGCUGCAUGGUUUGAUUAUAACUCAAUUCAUACAGUUGAGAAGCGAGCUUUACCAGAAUUUUUUAAUAAUAAGAAUAAAUCCAAAACUCCAGAAAUAUAUUUGGCGUACAGAAACUUUAUGAUCGAUACUUAUCGGCUUAAUCCCACUGAAUAUAUGACUAGUACGGCAGCUAGACGUAAUUUAGCUGGAGAUGUUUGUGCAAUUAUGAGAGUUCAUGCUUUUCUCGAACAAUGGGGGCUUAUCAAUUACCAAGUCGAUGCAGAUAGUAGACCAACUGCAAUGGGUCCACCACCAACUUCUCAUUUUCAUAUUCUAUCUGAUACUCCUUCUGGUUUACAACCGGUAAAUCCUCCCAGAACUCCACAACCAUCGGCUGCGAAAACAUUAUUGGAUUUGGAGAAAAAGCCAUUAAUUGUUGAAAAAGACAAUACUCAUCCUUCAGAUUCUUUAUCCAACUUUGGGCUUAAAUUAGACCAGUAUGCAAAAAAACCUGGUUUAUUAAGAAACAAAACUGCUGCUGGUAUGACACGUGAUUGGACAGAACAAGAAACGCUGUUGCUGCUUGAAGGGUUAGAAAUGUAUAAAGACGAUUGGAAUAAAGUUUGUGAACAUGUUGGUACAAGGACUCAAGAUGAAUGUAUAUUGCAUUUCCUUCGACUACCAAUAGAAGAUCCCUAUUUAGAAGACUUUGAAACUGGUGGUGCUAUAGGACCAUUAUCCUAUCAACCAAUACCAUUUAGUAAAUCUGGAAAUCCUAUUAUGUCCACUGUUGCAUUUUUAGCAUCUGUAGUAGACCCUAGAGUUGCUGCCGCGGCAGCUAAAGCUGCAAUGGAAGAAUUUGCAGCUAUUCGAGAUGAAGUACCUUCAGCACUAAUGGAUGCUCAUGUUAAAAAUAUUGAAGCAGCUACCACAGAUGGAAAGUAUGAUCCAGCUGUAGGUCUUCUACAGAGUGGUAUUGCUGGUACAUAUCCAGAAAAAGAAGAGGAGAGCGAAAAAGAGAAAAAGGAACCAGAAGAUAUUAAGGACCCUUCACUGAACGUAGAUAAUGACAAAGCAACAAUAGGAACUAAAACGGAAAAAGAGGAAUCGGAUAAAGAGAAAGAUAAAGAUUCUAUGGAAGUAGAUAAAAAACCGUGUGAUGAAAAUUCAGCCACCAACCAAAUUAUUAAUCACACUACAGAAGAAGGAACUGAGAGAACCGUCAAAGAUUCUGAAGUCCAAGCUGCCGCUGCUGCUGCUUUGGCUGCUGCAGCUGUCAAAGCCAAGCAUUUAGCUGCAGUUGAAGAACGCAAAAUUAAAUCCUUAGUAGCUUUAUUAGUAGAAACUCAAAUGAAGAAGCUAGAAAUUAAAUUAAGACAUUUCGAAGAAUUAGAAACUACUAUGGAGAGAGAACGGGAAGGCUUAGAAUAUCAAAGACAACAAUUGAUACAGGAACGACAACAGUUCCAUUUAGAACAAUUAAAAGCUGCUGAAUUUAGGGCUCGGCAACAGGCUCAUCAUAGAUUACAAACAGGGGGAGCUGCUGGGGUUAUACCUCCUCCUCCUCCUCCUGUAGUUUCAGCUCCAGAGAAUGUUGCUCCAGCAUCACCUGCGCCACCGCCUGUCGCUACAUAAGAUAUGUAUUUUCAGAAUUACAAAACCUUAUAAUGUUGGGGUAAUUUGUUUAAAUUCUGAAUUGCCAAUUUAAUUCUGUCUUUGUAAGUAUUUCUAAAAUCUACAUUGUGUGAAUAUAUGACAUUUUUUUUUUAUAGGGUUUAUAGUAAUUUUAGUGGAUUUUAAAUUUCAAAUGCACUAUGUAUAAAACUCAUAUUAGUAAGAAGCAAUUUACAAAUUAAAUUAUUUUGUGUUAUGA